AACAUGUAAGAAAAACAAAAGGACCAAGCAGGCAGCAGCCACUGAAGCCUUCCCACUGAUCAACCCCGCGAGCCACCGCGUCGCCGACGGCGACAACUUUUCUCACUCUCCCUAACCGCCAGAAAAAUCAAUGUCAAAUUCUUCGCCGGUUGGAUCCCAAUCUCAACAAUUCAGUGACAGCAGCUUCUCUCGCACCUUCAAGUACUUACUCGCUACCCAAUUCUUGUCGAGGGGAAUCCCAUUCAUAUUCAAUGCGUGGAUCGUCAGACACCUCUCAGUCGAGGACUUUGCGCUUUAUGGAGUACAAUUUCCUCUUUUUGUCACCUGUGUAUUGUUUCUGAGUCGGGAGGGAGUUCGGCGAGCAUGCCUGCGCGCAGACAUGAAACGUGAUGGUGCGUCGACAGAAGAAAAUAUAGCAAAGAUAAUGAAAUUUGCUUGGUUGAUUCCCCCAUGUGGAAUUCUUCUUACUGUUGCAGCGUGCACUGUUGUCUUCUGGAAUAAAGACUUAAGCUUUUCUAAUCCAUAUGGACAAGCGAUCUUAAUUAAUGGCCUUGCAUGUAUUUUUGAACUUUUGGCAGAACCCUUGUAUAUCCUUUCCCAGAACUUGCUUUUGCUUAAAUUAAGGCUAGUAGUUGAAACAGUUGCCACUCUUUUCCGGUGCAUAACGAUGUUCAUUCUCAUUGUCAAGCAAACUGACAUGGAGAAAGCAAUUGUAUUUACAUUGUCACAAACUGCCUAUGGAGUGUGCUUGUUCCUAGGUUAUUGGGUCUACUUCCUCUUUUUUGCUGCAUGUAGAAGUACUGCUCUUUUCCCCUUCAGUGUAAAGAAUAAGAAGGAUUAUGAUAGGGAGCUGUCAGACAUGUGUAAGCUGUUUACGCUUCAAUCCUUUGUGAAGUUGAUCCUUCAAGAAGGACAAAGUCUUAUCCUUUUAUGGUGGGCGACAUAUUAUAACCAAGCUGUGUAUGGGCUUGUGGAUAAAUUAGGGAGCCUAGUGGUCAGGAUGGUGUUUCUUCCUUUUGAAGAAAGUUCCUAUGCUACAUUUGCAAGGUCUGCAUCAGGAAAAGACCCUGAUAAAGACAGGCGGUUAGGAAGUAGCCUUACAGAGGCCCUCAAGUUGGUUUUGUUAAUAGGUCUUGUAUUCAUGGUGUUUGGCCCGAGUUAUUCUUAUUCUCUCAUCAGAUUGUUAUACGGUCGGAACUGGAGUGAUGGGGAAGCAUCAUCAGCCCUUCGAUAUUAUUGCUUUUAUAUAAUAGUUUUGGCGAUGAAUGGAACUUCUGAAGCAUUUCUACAUGCCGUUGCAAAGGAGAAGCAACUCGUACAGUCAAAUCUGUCGUCGUUUCUGUUCGCAUUCAUACAUAUAGUGCUGAAUAUCCUGCUGAUAAACUCAGCUGGUGCAGUCGGCUUGAUUUUGGCAAAUUCAUUAAACAUGAUUCUGAGAAUCAUCUACUCGGGGAUAUUCAUCAAGCAUCAUUUCCAGGAUUCUUCCACGUUUUCUUUUUACAGAUGUUUACCUUCAGGAUGGAAGGUGCUAUUGUUUUCGGGAAUGACAACUACUAUUUCUGAGAGAGUAUUCCUGGACCGGGAGAAUUUCUUGCCGACCUUUUUGGUUCAUUUUUCCAUUGGUGUUGCUUGCUUCUGCAUGUCGUCGUUUGUUAUAUACCGCCGUGAGAGAUCCUUCAUCAACAAAAUCAUCCGCUUCCGUGAUCACACAGACUAAACAACAGACUUUUCUUGAUCCGCCUACGUACAGAGUGUAGUCUUUAGCUGCUAACCGAUCUACAACUUCUUACAAGCAUAUCUGGGUAUCUGAAUUCUGGAUUCCGGCGCAGCAAACACAACAGGAUGUGGAAGUUGCAGCCAUGUAUUACGAAGAAAAACAGGUUCUGGAUUAUAGACAAGUCACCAUUGGAGCCCAAAUAGUAGGAAUUUUCGGAAAAAUAUAAACCGAAAAGAUUUAAUUUAGUUCGUAUGUUAGAAUUUCAAAGCAUAGAGAUGUAGUUUGUCAGUUAAAUUCGGUUUCUUGAGAACUAGGGUUACUGCAAUUGCUCUUUCAUAUGGUGAUUGUUUUGACUUUUAUCCAUGAUCAAGUUCAAAUAUUACGGGAACUUUAACGAAAA